AUGGACGCUGGACCAUCCUCUGUUCCCGCUGUCAGCCCCGACUCUGAAAGCAUCACCUCAAAAUUCAACAAGGCGAAGGACCUGAAAGCGGCUGGAGAUGAGGCAUUCAAGGCGCAAAACUGGCAGGGGACUCUUCUAAAGUACCACGAGGCUCUGCUCUACUUGAAGGGUCUCGACAAGAAUGCGACGCAGAAGGCGCUCGGUGCCCCAGUCCCGCCCCCGCCACCUGUGGAUGCUGCGGCUUCACAGGACGAAAAGGUGCUCACUGAGGUGGACCUGCUGCUGGAGAAGAUCUACUCGAAUAUGGCUCAGGUUCACCUCAACAACGGGAGGUGGAAGCGAGCUAUCGAGACUGCGGACAAGGCGUUGUCUCACAACAAGAAGAACAUCAAGGCGAUGUUCCGCAAGGCGAAGGCACUGAAGGAGCAGGGAUACUUCGAGAAGGCUGAGGAAGUCCUCAAGAAAAUCCAGGAGGAAGGCGACGACGAUGAGAAGGAAGCUGCUGUUAAGGAGAUGGAAAGCGUCAAGGCGGCGGAGAAGGCUACGACGGCGAAGCACAACCAGAAGAUGAAAGGCUUCUUGAACAAGGAGAAGGUGGAUCUGACCCCUAACUAG